AAUAAAAGAUUUUCAAGAAAAACAAAAAUUGUAAAUCUCUCUCUCGUUCUCAAUUAUGAAACUCAUCUAUCAAUUCUUCAUCUUCUGGUUCUUCUUACCAUUCUUUGUAAUCUCCGGUGAUGAUGAUAAUAAAAAUCUCAUCUUUAAAGGUUGUGCAAAUCAGAAAUUUCCAGACCCAACUGGUGUUUUUUCUCAGAAUCUCAAAAACUUAUUCACUUCUUUAGUUUCUCAAUCAGCACAAAGCUCUUACGCCUCCGUAACCUCCGGGACUGACAACACAACCGCCGUGAUCGGUGUUUUUCAGUGUCGUGGCGAUCUCCACAACGCUGAGUGUUACGAUUGCGUUUCUAAAAUCCCUAAACUCGUUUCUAAACUCUGCGGUGGCGGCGGAGAUGAUGGUAAUGUGGUGGUAGCUGCUCGUGUGCAGCUCGCCGGAUGUUAUCUCCGGUAUGAAAUCUCAGGGUUCCGACAAACUUCUGGUACGGAGAUGUUGUUUCGUAUCUGCGGGAAAAAAGAUUCUAGCGAUCCUGGGUUUGUCGGGAAGAGAGAGACGGCGUUUGGUAUGGCGGAGAACGGCGUGAAAACUGGAUCAUCCGGUGGCGGUGGUGGUGGUGGUGGAGGAGGGUUUUACGCGGGGCAAUAUGAGUCGGUGUAUGUGUUGGGACAGUGUGAGGGUAGUUUGGGAAAUUCAGAUUGUGGAGAAUGUGUGAAAGAUGGAUUUGAGAAAGCAAAGAGUGAGUGUGGAGAUUCGAACUCGGGACAAGUUUAUCUUCUUAAGUGCUACGUUAGCUAUAGUUACUACUCUCAUGGUGUUGUUCCCAACAAGAUAGAACCAAUUUCAGGUGGAGAGAAGAGACAACACACAGAAAGGACGAUAGCUUUGGCGGUGGGAGGAGUUUUUGUUUUAGGGUUUGUGAUUGUUUGCUUGUUGGUUUUGAGAUCUGCCAUGAAGAAGAAGAGUAAAUAUGAUGCUUAUUGAGUUUUUUACCUACCAAUUCUUAUUUACUCAAUAAUAAAAGUUGACAAUUUUU